CACCCCCUCCACAAGCCCCAUACUUACCCCACCCACAUCAACAUCACCAUCAUCUUUCGUCAACCCCCUCCAUAAAACAAACAACAAUUCUCCUACAACUUUCACUUCCACCACCCACCGCCUCACAAUCGCAACUAAAAUGACCUCUCUAACAACCCACCUCCUUAACCUCAACCCCUCCGCCCUCCACACCUCAACCACCCACCCCUUCCUCCACUCCGCCGGCACCUCCACCCUCCCCAAAGCCACCCUCUCAGCCUGGCUCUCGCAAGACCGUCUCUACGCGCAGUCCUACGUCCGCUUCAUCGGCCUCCUCCUCUCAAAAAUCCGUCUUCCUUAUACCACCACCUCCAGCAGCCCUGCCCCCCUCGAAUCCCGCAUCCUCUCCCUCCUCACCUCCGCCCUCCUCAACAUCCAGCGCGAACUCACCUUCUUCGAGACCGUCGCCGCUGAAUACAACCUCGAUCUGCAGGUGCCCCCACCGGGCGCGACAACCUUCGGUCCUAGCGAAGCGACGCACGCAUACACAGAUUUGUUCCUUUCCUCGGGCUCGAGCGGCGUGACGUUGUUGGAGGGGUUGGUGGUGUUGUGGGCUACGGAGGUGUGUUAUUAUAAGGCUUGGGGGUAUGCCAGGGAGGUUAUGGAGAAUAAUAGUAAGGGCGCGGAAGGAAGAGAUGAUGCGGAUGGUGGUGCGCUGAGAGUGCAGUUUAUUCCUAACUGGACGAGUGAGGAGUUUGGACGCUUUGUGGAUGAGAUUGCGGAGUUGGUGGAUGAGGUUUCUUUGGGUGUUGCGGAUAGUGAGAGGGAGGAAUUGCUGGGGAGGUGUGAGCGGUGGUGGAGGCAGGUUGUUUGGUUGGAGGGGAUGUUUUGGCCGGAGGUUUGAGGGGGUAAGGGACUGAGAAUUGUGAUGGGUUUGUGUGGAAGGUGGUAUGUAUGUUUCUGGUGGGGAUAAUAGUGUGUCGGGGGUAUAUGGGCUUGGGAUAUGGUUGGAGUAAAUGAGACGGGUUAUUGUAUAAAUAUGCUAUAUGGAGUCACUAUGCUGUGACUGGAUGUUGUAUGAUCUCGAUCUGAGUCCCAGUGGGAUUGAUAAUUUUCGAUAUACUGUUCGCACAUUAGAUUUUAAUGAACCCAGUACCAUCGCUUCCCC